AUGGCCCGACAGCCCUACGAGCCGCUCGAGCAUUUUAGGGCGACUCAGCUCGCCAUCGAGUCGAUGCUCGAGCACACAGCCUACGCCUUGAAGAUUGGACUUGAACGCAGGCCCGCUCCUCGCGCCAGCCAGCUUGAACAUUCAGAUGGUGCGGGCAAACUUCUCUGCAAGGGAAUCAAGACCCGGUCGAUGGAUCAGCCCUGGGACAUUUUCUGGAGCCAGCUGUAG